AUGACUCCAGUUCUUAUCUGGUCCUUAUUCUACCACAUCUCUGUCAGUAUGAUCACAAGUUCAGACUAUAGCUGCUCUCUGCAGGGCUACUUUGAGCCAAAUUUCCUCUCAGAUGGAGAUUUUCUCAUUGGGGCAAUCUUCCCCCUGCAUUAUGUGAUGGAAAUGCCAGACCUGAACUGCACUUACAAACCUUCUGCCAUAAAAUGUAAUGGGUUUGAUCCCAGGGCUUUCCGCUGGUCCCAGGCUUUGCGUUUUGCUGUAGAGGAGAUCAACUAUAAUCAGCAUCUGCUACCCAGCAUCAAAUUAGGUUAUAAGAUCUUUGACUCCUGUGCAUACCCCUUGACAGGACAGCGAGCAGCUCUGGCCGUUCUGAAUGGACCCAGUGAAGUCUACAGCUCCAUCUGCUCUGGGUCUUCUCCCCUCCUCGCCGUGGUUGGAGAGUCAGGUUCUGCUCAGUCUAUAAUUGUUUCCAGAGUACUGCAGCCCUUUAGAAUCCCAAUGAUCAGUUAUUUUUCAUCUUGUGCCUGCUUCAGUGAUAGGAGAGAAUUCCCAACCUUCUUUAGGGUAAUACCUAAUGACGAUUAUCAGGUAAAAGCUAUCGCUCAGCUUCUGCAGCACUUUGGAUGGACCUGGGUGGGAGUGCUCAACGGGGAUCACGCAUAUGGGCGAUUUGCUCUGCAGGGGCUCAGAAAAGAGCUGGUAAACACGACUGUGUGCAUUGCUUACCACGUAAUGAUUCCCUUGCUGUACAAACGAGAGAAAGCUCUUGAGAUUCUCGAUGUGAUGAGACAUUCAUCUGCAAGGGUGGUAGUGGCCUUCUCUGCUGAGGGGGAAUUAACACCCUUCUUAAAGGAGUAUAUGGACCAGAAUAUCACUGGUAUACAAUGGAUUGCAAGUGAAGCCUGGGUAACAGCCUCACUCUUUUCAGGAAGUCAGUUCUACCCAUACUUGGGAGGUACCAUUGGCUUUGGCAUCCGUCAAGGGCCAGUCUCAGGUCUUAGAGAGUACCUGCUCACUGUAAACCCACUGAGGUAUCCCAAUAAUCCCCUGGUGCAGGAAUUGUGGGGAGCUUUAUAUGGUUGCUCUCUAAAUCCCCCAAGCAGCAUAAGCCAGAAUGUUACCCAGCUGCCCGCCUGCACAGGAGAGGAGCCUAUCCGAGAGCAACACUCGGCCUACCUGAACACAUCCAGCUUUCGUGUGACCUACAAUGUGUAUAAAGCUGUGUAUGCCAUCGCUCACUCCCUGCACAACCUCCUCAGCUGUGAGCUGGGGAAGGGCCCUUUUCAGAACUCCUCAUGUGCUGACACCACAAAUAUUUACCCAUGGCAGCUUCAGCAGUAUCUUCAAGAGGUCUCUUUCACCAUUUCUGGAGAAACGGUGAACUUUGAUGAGAAAGGGGAUGCAAUUCCAUCAUAUGAUCUCAUCAACUGGCAGCGAGGUGUAGCUGGGAAUAUUGAGUUUGUCAAAGUGGGGAUGUUUGAUGGCUCAAAGGAUGCUGGGAAGGAACUCUUCAUCCAGGAUGAGGCAAUCAUGUGGACAGGCCACCAGAGAGAGGUGCCUGUAUCUCUGUGCAGUGACAGCUGUGCUGCAGGAAACAGGAAGGCUUUCCGUCGUGGGGAGCCUCUCUGCUGCUUUGACUGUGUACCAUGUGACAGCGGCAAGAUUAGUAAUGAGACAGAUUCAGUAGAUUGCACACCAUGUCCUGAGGAUUACUGGUCCAACACAGCCAGAACAGAAUGCAUACCCAAAGCAGUCGAGUUCCUCACCCACGAUGCAAUGGGGCUGACCCUCACAGUCAUUUCUGUAGUGGGGGCUUGCCUCACCGCCGCCAUCCUGCUGGUGUUCAUCCGCCACAGGAACACUCCAAUCGUUCGGGUCAACAACUCCGAGCUGAGCUUCUUCAUCCUCCUCUCUCUCAUUCUCUGCUUCCUGUGUGCACUUCUGUUCAUCGGAGAGCCUACAGUGUGGUCCUGCAUGCUGCGCCACACUGCCUUCAGCAUCACCUUCUCCCUUUGCAUCUCCUGCAUCCUGGGCAAGACUCUAGUGGUGCUCGCAGCUUUUACAGCCACCAGGCCUGGCAACAACAUCAUGAAGUGGCUCGGACCCAAACAGCAGAGGGUCAUCAUCUUCGCUUGCACUUUAGUGCAGGUCCUCAUCUGUUCCGUGUGGCUCAUUGCUGCGCCUCCCUUCCCCUUCAAGAACACUCAGUACAGCAGAUCCAAGAUCAUCCUGGAGUGCAGCGUGGGUUCCGACUGGGCUUUCUGGUCGGUCCUGGGCUACAUUGGGCUUCUGGCCUGUCUCUGCUUUGUGUUGGCCUUCUUGGCUCGAAAGCUGCCGGGCAAUUUUAAUGAGGCAAAGUACAUCACAUUCAGCAUGCUGAUCUUCUGCGCUGUGUGGCUCGCCUUUAUUCCUGCCUACGUGAGCUCACCUGGAAAAUUCACAGUGGCUGUGGAGAUCUUUGCUAUUCUCGCAUCUAGUUUUGGGCUUUUAUUAUGUUUGUUUGCCCCUAAAUGCUAUAUAAUUUUAUUGAAACCACAGAAAAACACCAAAGAACACGUAAGGGGAAAGGGAAAAUAG